AUGUCGAGUUGUGGCGUUUGUGUGAAGGCCGUCACCGGUAAACACCUAAAGUUGUUGUGUGCUGACUGUGGGCGUUUGUUUCAUGGAAACUGUGUUAACAUGAGCAAAGUGGAUAUCGAGACUCUCACUAAUGAGGACAUCGCCUGGAGGUGCAACCCAUGUGCUGCAAUCCGACGUCGCAGUAUGAGACUGGAAGUACAGGCUGAGCAAGGUAAACUGUCACUUGAAGAUGUCAUGCAGGCAAUCAAUGAAAUAAAAUCUGACCAGAAAGUAAUAAUUGCUGACUUCAAUAAAUCACAUGAGAGCCUUGACACCAAGCUCGCCGAAACUGCUGCUAUUUUGAGGAGCCAGGUGGAUGAAAUGAAGAAGUAUAGGGAAGGGAUGGAGAAGUUGGAGGCGGAGAAUAAAGCGUUGAGGAAUGAGAUUGCUGCUUUGGAGACCCGCGUAGAGGAACAAGAGAUGUACUCCAGGAGGAACUGCAUCGAGAUCCAGGGUAUCCCUGAGGAGCCUACAGAGACUGUCGACGACGUGGUUGACAUCGUGGUUAAAGUUGGGAAAGCGGUUAACAUGGACAUCAACGCCACGAUGAUCGACGCUUGUCACCGUCUGGGGAAGAAGAAUGAUGCGGCUCGCAGAGGACCCCGUGGCAUCAUUGUGAAGUUUGUCCGUCGGCUUGACAAGGAGGAACUCCAGAAGAGGAAGCAUCAGAAGAGGGAUCUCUCAACGCGGCAUCUUGGAAUGGCUAUGGACUCCACAAUCUACCUCAACGAGUCACUGACACCUUCAAGGAGGAGGUUGUAUGCGCUCGCUCGUCAGGCGAAAAAGGACAAAGGGUACAAGUAUGUGUGGCACCGGGGAGGAAAAGUUUUCCUAAGAAAAGAGGACAAUGCACCUGUCAUACAAGUAUGUAACCAGGCUGACCUUGAAAGGCUUUAG